UUGGUGGUUUGCUGCCUCCAAUUUUACUGAUUAGGGGACGGGUCAUGUGGUCGAAGAAAUGAAAUGAGAGGAGGCGAUUCUCUCCUAGUCCAGUCUUCUCCCUUAACCUUUGCUUUAUGCAGCAGUCAUGUUGACAUAUGGAAACAUUGGCCUUCAUGCUGUCAGCUCAGUUUUGAUGCUCUGUGCUUAUGCAGUUUAUAAAGACUCUAAUGAGGGAAUGCCCAUAUCACUAGAUUCAUGAUAAUGGUAAAGCAGAUCUGUGGGUCCAGAUUAGGCUAGUCUCAGAUAUUCUUUGUACAUACCCAAUUCUCAUGAGAGGCUAUAUGGUGAGAAAAAUUGAAUUUUUCUGUGUAACAUUUUCCUCCUGUGUCCACAGAUUCACUUAGAGUAAAAUGGUGCCUGGGAAUGCUUCUUUUGUGACUGAAUUCAUUCUGCUGGGGCUAACAGACCUACCAGAUCUCCAGCUCCCCCUGUUCUGCCUGUUUCUAGUCAUUUACGUGGUCACUGCAUCGGGAAAUUUGGGCUUGAUAACGCUAAUUGGGCUGAAUUCACAUCUACACACCCCCAUGUACUUUUUCCUCUCCAAUUUGUCCUUCAUCGACUUCUGUUAUUCUUCUGUGUUUACACCCAAAAUGCUAUUUAACUUCACAUCAAAGAAGAAUAUCAUCUCCUAUAGGGGGUGCAUGGCCCAGCUUUACCUUUUCAGUUUUUUUGGUAUUUCUGAAGGUUAUGUGCUGACAUCAAUGGCCUAUGAUCGCUAUGUGGCCAUCUGCAACCCACUUUUGUAUAAUGUUGUCCUGUCCCCUAAAGCGUGUUCCAGCCUUAUGCUUGGUUCAUAUUUGAUGGCAUUUUCGGGUGCUAUGGCCCACACAGGAUGCAUGCUGAGACUGACCUUCUGCGAUGCAAACACCAUCAACCAUUAUUUGUGUGACAUCCUCCCUGUGCUCCAGCUUUCCUGCACAAGCACCUAUGUAAAUGAACUGGUGGUUUUCAUCGUGGUGGGAAUCAAUGUGAUUGUGCCCAGUGUCACCAUCUUUGUGUCUUAUGGUUGCAUCCUCUCCAGCAUCCUCCGCAUCAGCUCCACUGAGGGCAGGUCCAAAGCGUUCAGCACCUGCAGUUCCCACAUAAUUGCUGUUUCCUUGUUCUUUGGAUCAGGUGCAUUUAUGUAUCUUAAACCAUCUUCUGCUGGGUCUAUGGAUGAGGGGAAAAUCUCUUCUGUCUUUUAUACCAGUAUAGUUCCCUUGAUGAACCCAUUCAUUUACAGCUUGAGAAACAAAGACAUUAAACUUGCUCUGAGAAAAACUCUGAAUAGGGGAAAGUUUUGA